AUAUUGUUAUUUUUCAAAAUGAGAUUGUAUUGCUUGUCCAUUCAGAAAAGACAACAGAUAUUUCAUCCUGAGAAAAAACAGGUGUAUGGUGAGCAACUGAAUGCCAAGUUGAUUGGAUCUGGGGCACAUCAUUAUAAGUGACUAGAGAUAACUAGAGGAAUGACAGGUCGGGUGUUGACUCUAGUCAACCAACUGAACUAGUCAAGUCAACCGAACCAAUAUUCCGUCCAGGCUGAGAGUGCCUCUAAGAGAUCCCAGGUGCCAGGAGUGUGAAUGAGGAACAGUAUCGCCUCAGUCAUCUUCUCUGCUAAAUGUGGGGACAGAGAGGAAUACAACACAAUUUCUGCUGCACCGCACCUCCUCAAAUGGAAGGUGGUGGAAUACCGCUGGGCAGGGCCGAGAUGCUCCGGGGGUGAUGAGCUGGGAGGUGGAGGCCUGGAGGAGCCUGUGGUCCUGGCUGCAGGGUGGCAAAGACCCUCUUCAGUGACUGUGGGGGGUGGAGGGUCUGCCCCAGCGCAGGUGGAGCAGUGAGGGGCUGGGCCCUGAGCCCAUGGAAGAGCAGGGGAAAGCAGGGUAAAAGCAGGGUCAUUGCAGAGGUGCUGUGUGUCCUGAGAACCCCAGGGGGCUUAGUCAUGCUUGGCUCUGGGGGCAUCCUGGCUUAGGGAGUGAGCUGGCUUGCUGCUCAGGGGUGCACUGUCCUAUGACUCAUGCCCACGUAUGACACAUGGGAAGAUGUAGUAUCAUGACGUGGCGACACAAACAUGCUUUCUUCAAUGUGGGGAUGGGACUGUGAUGCUUCAGGGCUGGGUUGGGGCCACGAAGUAUCUGGUCUGCAGUCAGACAGGGACGUCCCUCUUUGAGAGAGUGGACACAGAUGCUAGUGGGGAGCCCUGGGCUGGGUGGGAGGCAGUGUCUUCCUUCUUCUCCUGACAGAAACCUCCAAGGCUUUGCUUCUGGUUACUCGCUACCUGCCCGGAGCCACGGGUCAUGCAGGUGCUUGGCGUGCAAACAUGGUGCAGUGGGGCAGCGGCGAGCUGAUGGAGAGGCUCUCCAGGACCACUGGCUGAGGUGUGGGUCUGCAGGUGGGGCAUGAUGGGGGCCGGGCCCGAGGGGCUGGAGUCCCAGCUCUGAAGACCUGAACUGCACUGUGUUUGUUGCAGAGAACUUAGGUGGAAGAUCAGGCUUUUUGGAAACUAGCAGGAGCUUAACUUUUGAGACUCUAAGUUUAAGGGACCCCAGAGGUGCUGUGGGGGUGGCAGGAGGCAGUCAGGGGGAGCCUGGGACUGGAAAGAGGUGUAGGCUGGGAGUAGGGCUCUGGGCUGUCCGUUUGGGCCUGUGCUGUGAGUGCUGAGGUCCUCCAGGAGGAAGGCGAAGGACCCAGGCCUGGGAGUCGCAACAUGUAAGCAGGACUGAAAAGGGUCUGUGGGGGCCAGAGAGGAGCCGUCAGACCAAGGAAAACCAGAAGGGAGGCGGGAUCAAGGCAGUUCCAGGAUCCAGGAGGAGGGCUGCUCACCCAUCUCAUGUGCUGCCUUGAACGUGCUCCGUUUGUUAGGUCAGAACCGUCCAAUUCUGAUAGGAAAGUUUUAGAGAAAGUGACAUGUAAUUGAGGAAAUGGACUUCUUUAAUGCGUGCUACACUAGAGCUUUGACAUUAUACAAUAAUAUGGAUUUCCCAUGUUUUGUCCUGGUUCCUACUGAUACAUUUUUUUCUCCAAAUGUAAAGCAGUUGUUGACGGAAUUUGAGUGAUGUAGCAUGCAAAUCGUCAUAUAGAGAUUAGAGCGUACUUACUGAUGGAAACUGCUGCCGUUGUUGAAAUUUCUUCCAGCGUUGCUCAGAAAAAGGGAGUCAAACAUCUUUCUGCUCUUGAUCCAGAGGUCUUGUCCAUUUUCGUGCCUCCUUUUAUCAGUAAAGGGGACAGUCAAAUGGCUGGUGCAAACUGCGGCACCCUCGGUAAAACCAGGAGGCGCUCCUUCAGAAAGAAGAGAGAGAGGCCCAGACCAGAGCAGUGGAAAGGCCUCUCAGGGCCCUCCAGAGUGCCAGAGCCUGAGGAUGUCACCAUCCCCGGCGGCGUGGACCUCCUCGCCCUGCCCCAGCUGUGCUUUCCAGGGGGUGUGUGCGUGGCCACUGAACCCAAGGAGGAUCGCGUCCACUUCCUGGUGCUGACCGAUGUCUGCGGGAAUAGGACCUACGGCGUCGUGGCCCAGUACUACCGGCCCCUGCACGAUGAGUACUGUUUCUACAAUGGCACAACGCACUGGGAGCCGUCCUGGCCGGCUGUGAGCGCUGCUGGCUGCUUCGUGCCCUACGCCGUGUGCGUGGUCUCCAGGUUCCCCUAUUACAACUCCCUCAAGGACUGCCUCUCCUGUUUAUUGGCUAAUCUAAAGCUCUGUAAAGAUUUUGAAGUUGACAGUCCUAUAAAAGAUUUUGCUGCCAAGCUAUCUUUAAUACCCAGCCCGCCACCUGGACCGCUGCAUUUGGUAUUUCACAUGAAGCCGCUCCAGAUUGUGUUUCCUGCCCGAGCAGACCCCGAAAGCCCCAUCCUGGACCUGGACCUUCACCUGCCCCUGCUGUGCUUCCGGCCUGAGAAGGUGCUGCAGGUCCUGACGUGCUUCCUGACAGAACAGCGGAUCGUCUUCUUCUCCUCGGACUGGGCUCUGCUGACGCUGGUCGCCGAGUGCUUCAUGGCCUACCUGUAUCCGCUGCAGUGGCAGCACCCCUUCGUGCCCAUCCUGUCGGACCAGAUGCUGGAUUUCGUCAUGGCCCCCACGGCCUUCCUCAUGGGCUGCCAUCUCGACCACUUCGAAGAAGUCAGCAAGGAAGCUGACGGUUUAGUUCUGAUAAAUAUUGAUCAUGGGAGCAUCACCUACUCCAAGUCCACGAACGAUAAUGUGGACAUUCCUGAUGUCCCCCUCCUGGCGGCCCAGACGUUUAUUCAGAGGGUGCAGAGCCUCCAGCUCCACCACGAGCUGCAUGCCGCCCACCUCCUCUCCAGCACAGACCUGAACGAGGCCCAAGCCCACCGGCGGGCCUGGCAGCAGAAACUCAACUGCCAGAUACAGCAGACCACCCUGCAGCUGCUUGUGAGCAUCUUCAGGGAUGUAAAGAAUCAUUUAAAUUAUGAACACAGAGUCUUUAAUAGUGAAGAAUUUCUCAAAACCAGGGCUGCAGGGGACCAUCAGUUUUAUAAGCAGGUCUUAGACACCUACAUGUUCCAUUCUUUCCUUAAAGCCCGGCUCAAUAGGAGGAUGGACGCCUUUGCUCAGAUGGACCUCGACACCCAGUCGGAGGAGGACAGAAUAAAUGGAACGCUUGUAAGUCCAAGGAGACCGACUGUUGAGAAAAUAGCGUCUCGGAAGUCCUCGCACCUGCAGGUCACCCACAGGCGCAUGGUGGUCAGCAUGCCCAACCUGCAGGACAUUGCCAUGCCUGAGCUGGCACCCAGGAACUCCUCGCUCCGGCUGACGGACACCGCAGGCUGUGCGGGCAGCAGCGCAGUUCUGAAUGUGACGCCGAAGUCCCCAUAUACAUUCAAGAUUCCCGAAAUCCACUUUCCGCUGGUGAGCGAGUGCGUGCAGGCGUACUAUGCCGACUUUGUCACCCUGCUGAGCAAGGCCAUGGACUUUCUGGCCCCUGAUAACUCUCUGCUCCUGGCCCGCUACUUCUACCUCCGAGGGCUCGUUCAUCUGAUGCAAGGACAGCUGCUGAGCGCCCUCUUGGACUUCCAGAAUCUCUAUAAAACAGACAUACGGAUCUUUCCCGCUGAUUUGGUGAAGAGGACGGUGGAAUCCAUGUCUGCCCCCGAGCGGGCGCAGGCGGAGCGGGCGCCGGAGCUGAUGCGGCUCAUCAGCGAGAUCCUGGACAAGCCGCACGAGGCCUCGAAGCUGGACGACCACGUGAAGAACUUCAAGCUGCCCAAGGAGUACAUGCAGCUGGACGACUUCAUGAAGCGGGUCCAGGAGUCAGGGAUCGUGAAGGACGCCAGCACCAUCCAGCGGCUGUUCGAGGCCUUGACUGUAGGACAGCAGAAACAAAUCGACCCAGAAACAUUCAAAGAUUUCUACAACUGCUGGAAGGAGACAGAAGCAGAAGCCCAGGAGGUCAGUCUGCCGUGGCUGGUGAUGGAACACCUGGAUAAAAACGAGUGUGUGUAUAAGUUGUCCAGCUCCAUCAGGACGAACCUAGGCGUUGGCAAGAUCGCCAUGACCCAGAAGCGUCUGUUCCUCCUAACCGAAGGAAGGCCAGGCUACGUGGAGAUUUCCACCUUCAGAAAUAUAGAGGAGGUCAGGAGCACCUCUACUGCAUUUCUACUUAGGAGAAUACCCGCUCUAAAAAUCAAAGUGGCGUCCAAGAAAGAAGUCUUCGAAGCCAACCUGAAAACUGAGUGUGACCUUUGGCACCUGAUGGUGAAGGAAAUGUGGGCUGGGAAGAAGCUGGCCGAUGACCACAAGGACCCUCAGUACGUCCAGCAGGCGCUGACCCACGUCUUGCUGAUGGACGCCGUCGUGGGCACGCUGCAGUCACCAGGUGCCAUCUACGCUGCCUCCAAGUUAUCCUACUUCGAUAAGAUGAGGAAAGAAGUGCCCAUGGCACUUCCGAAGACAACCGUGGAAACACUGAAGCAUAAAAUCAACCCCUCGGCAGGGGAGACGUUCCCACAAGCGGUGGACGCGCUGCUCUACACUCCGGGGCAUCUUGACCCAGCCGAAAAAGUUGAAGAUGCUCGCCCCAAGUUAUGGUGUGCUCUGAGCGAUGGCAAGGUGACUGUGUUCGAUGCUUCUUCCUGGACCAUCCACCAGCACUCCUUUAAAGUGGGCACUGCAAAAGUGAACUGCAUGGUGAUGGCCGACCAGAACCAGGUGUGGGUUGGCUCAGAAGACUCCGUCAUCUACAUCAUCAACGUCCACAGCAUGUCCUGCAACAAGCAGCUCACAGACCACUGCUCCAGUGUCACGGACUUGAUUGUGCAGGACGGACAGAGGGUACCCAGCGAGGUGUACUCAUGCAGCAUGGACGGCACAGUGCUGGCGUGGAAUGUGAGCACACUGCAGGUGACCAGCCGCUUCCAGCUGUCGAGCGGCGGCCUCACGUCCAUCAGACUGCACGGCGGCUGCCUGUGGUGCUGCACAGGUAACAGCAUCAUGGUCAUGACAACGAAUGGAUUCCUCUGUCAAGAAUUGAAGAUUGAGGAGCACUUCAAAGACAUCAGUACCUCCUUCCUGGCCUUCCAGCUCCUUCCCGAGCAGGAGCAGCUGUGGGCGGCCUGUGCAGGACGCAGCGAGGUUUACAUCUGGCGCCUGAAGGACCUGGCCCAGCCCCCGCAGAGGGUGUCCCUCAAGGACUGCUCUGAGAUCAUCUGCAUGAUCCGGGUGAAGAAGCAGGUCUGGGUGGGCAGCCGAGGGCUGUGGCAGGGAACACCCAGGGGGAAAAUCUACGUGAUUGAUGCGGAGAGGAAGACCGUGGAGAAGGAGCUGGUGGCGCACACGGACACCGUGAGGACACUGUGCUCGGCCGAGGACAGAUACGUGCUGAGUGGGUCGGGCAGGGAGGAGGGGAAGAUCGCCAUUUGGAAAGGGGAGUAAACAUGGCUGAGCCUGCCGAGUGGAACCGUGCCCUAUGUGUGGGGACGGGCUGCCCCCUAGAGCCCGCCAGGCUCAGAAGCCCAGAGGAGUGGCGGGACAGGACAGCCCAGGCUCGGCAUGGAGCCCACUUACCGUGUGGCCAGCCGCAAGACCCAUGGCCACGCACCUUCUCUCAGGCCUUCGGGCACCCCGGUUAGACUGCACCAAGGGUGUUUCCUGUUGGGGUGUGUCUCAGGCGGGCAGCUGCAUCUUGUUUGUGAUAACCUCUGCUGGGAGGUUACUUUGUGUGUUGCCUAGAAAGUUCUGGAAUCCACAACCAGGGGCUGGCACUGAAGCCAGCAGCUUGGCCGAGUCACAGGUGACCCGUGGCCCUCACGUCUCUGGUUUUACCUUUCCUUACUUCAUUCAUUCACUCACCCAGUCCUUAUGAGUCACCGAGGAACACUGGGCUGGGCACAUGACAGUGAGCCGGGGGCCCCGGGACCUCCAGAGAGGCCUGGGAGGAGGGUGGUUCAGGUAACCACUGUGGUCUCUCUCCCAUCAGAGAAGGUGGACAGGGCCUACUCAGAUGGAGGGGACCACCCUGGGAUCAGGUGUUUGGGACAGGGGUUGGGCCAGCUGAGGCAAGCUGUCUUUUUUCCUUUUCUUUUUAGUAAAUGUAAAAUUUUUAUAAUAAUCCUAGAGACCUUUUUUCUACCAAAGAUCACAGACCAGAAAAAGUUCCAUCUAAAAUAUCAUGCUCAGGAAACUACACGGGAUCAACAGGAAAAUACCAUCAUGUAUGAUCUCGUCUUGCAGUGUGCCGUUCAGUUUCCCGGAACUCGCGUGCGCACUGCACAUGUGUACGUGCAAGAUGCUUUACUGAACUCAGCAAGAUCUUAGCUGUACAGAAAUAUUUGCAAAAGAGACCCUUUGCACCUUUUUACUGUAAUGUUGAGAUUUCAUUACUUAAAUGUUCUAUGGAAGGUUCUGGUGUGGUUGUUGGAGCUGGAGGGAGCAUCUCAGCACGUGCUGAGGGCGUGGGGCCUGCCCCCUGGGCACCCAUCCACAAGCUGGGCCAUGGAGCCCUGGCUUCCCAAGACGCAGCCCCAGAGCUGGCUCAUCCUGAGGGUCUCUGGGGGUGUUUGCCAGGCUCCCGGGAUGGGCCACUUUCAGAAACUCUGCAGUGCCUCCAGAUGGAAAGCUGGGCCCGGUCUCUGGUUGGGUCUGCAUUUUGGAGAGUCCACACCAUGGACCAGGUUUUCCCCAAGCCUCAGCUUUGCGUAGCCACUAACUCCUUGGGGCGGUCUGAGAAUGUGGGCGGAGCAGAACCGUGUGGCCUCAUCCUCCCCCAAGGCUGUACCUGCAGCGGGAACAGCUUUCCACUUUCUAGCUGGGGAGAGGUUGGGUUUUGCUUCUGUAAAUACAGGAAUCCUCAUGAUAAAAGCCUGUCAGAAAUACAUGUAUACAUUAUUUAAUGCCAGUCCUCAUGUAACCUCGGGCAUCUUCAGCUUGUGGAGAAUAAAUCUGGUUUAAUAAACA